AGCAGGCUGUGCGUAAUGGCGCCCGCCCUGAGGGCCACGCUUCACGCCCCACUACAGCGCAUGUGCACAGCGCCCGCUGCCCUCCUCGCCCCGGCGGGCGGCGGCCCGGCUCUGCACGGAAGUGACCUCAUCGCUCCGCUUCCCCCCGCCGCUUGGCGACGGGUGACGCGAGCGGCGGGCCGCUCCCCCAUUGGCGGGCCGGGUGGCGGCGAGCGCGGCGGCAGGCGGAGGAUGUCGGCACCGCUGCAGCGGGUGCAGCAGGCGCCGCGGCACCUGCUGGUGUGCGAGAAGGGGCACGCGCGCCAUCCACGCUCGCGCCACUCGGCGCACGUGCGGGACCACGCCUACAACUGCCGCGUAUCUAUUUUGAUCCCUGAAUGUGGUAUACUACCUGAAGUGCUGAAAAGUACUAUUGCAGACAUUGGAGAGUACUAUCUGGUGAAGAAUUUAUCGGUUCAUGAAUUGGUUGCUCCUGAAUUCAUCGAUUCUUUUGUGAAGAAAGGUCCAUGCUACGCACUUACCUAUAAUACAAAAAUUGAUCAAGAUAAUACUGCAGCUCUGAUACCAACUGGAAAACUAAUUUUGUCAGUGGAUAAAGAUACUUAUGAGGAACUUGGACUGCAAGGUCACCCUUCUCGGUAUUCUGGCAAAAAAGCAAUGAGAUAUAUUAUAACUAUUGACUUGACCGAUUCCAACUUUCACCCUGAUGGCAAGAAACAUAAGAGGGUGCUUUGGGCCUUGAAAGAAAAGAAACCUUUAGAAUUUGACUUCCUAAUGGCUUGGUAUAAUACAGGUGCAGAGGGAUCAACAUUGAUGUCAUACUUUCCCAAAAACCAAAUACGGGCCCUGAAGCCAAAAAUAACAUUCAGCACAUUAAGAGACUUGCAAUGUCCAGCGUUGCAAAGUAAUGAAUUAGAAGGAAAACCAGAAGAGUCCUGCAGUACAGAAGAACUGUUUGAAUGGCUAGGUGCUGUCCUGAAUCAAGUUAACUUAGACAACAAAUCUUCUAGCUUCUUAUCAACCUAUUGCUGUCCUCAGCCAAACACAACAGUGGACCAAGCUUUUUUGUGCACAAUUACAGGCUUUAUAAUUCCUGAUAAGAUAAUUCAAUUGUUGGAGCAGCUGUGCUCCUAUUUCACUGAACCAAAACUGGCACACUGGCUGACCUUAACUGUGCAUGGCUUUGCAGACAGCCCUGUUUCCUGGAGAGAAAAUGAACAUGGUUUUCACAAAGGAGGAGAGAACUUGUACAACUUUGUUGUUUUUAGAAAUCUGGACUACUGGCUUCAGAUGGCUGUAGGAACUAAUGACGAUUGUCCUCCAUAAAGCUCUGUCUGCAUUCUAAUAAUCCGAUGGUACUGUAUAGAAACCUAUUAAGAUAGUUUUUAUAAAAAUAAUUAAAUAAGUUAGGUUUUAAGAAGUUUUAUGUGUUAAUCUGUUAUUUAUAGCCCUUAAAGCAUGACCUACGGUGGAAGGAAAGGAUAUUUGUUUCUUCACUGUCGUACAGUGUUCUUUGAAAGACUUCACAGGUCUAGCUUUAAGAAAAUGAUAAGUUGUAAGUUCUCAGACUUUGACUGUAGGUGAUUUCCUCUUAUCCAGGUGUCAUUUUGGGAUUUGAAGAUUGUUACAUAUUUGGGAGAAAAGCUCAUUUGGGGAUUUAAUGUUUUCUUUCUUUACAUUAAAGAUCUCUAAAAACUUUGAA